UGUGACGAAGAGGGGGGUGUGGACGUCACACCAAGAGAGAGCCAAUCACAUAUUAGCUGUUUGGAUUUAUGCCAGGCCUUUAGGCUUGUAAGACUUUAGUACAAGUGGCAAAAGCCAGUUUUUUCAAAAAAAAAAAAAAAAAAGUCUGAGACGAGAUGCCUUAUACACCGUCGGGCUUUUUUUGCGACCGGUUGAUCCGGGAACGAGAGAGGAGAGAUGGGGAAGGAUCUUUGAACAAGCCCCUCCGCUUCAACGGCCAGGAUUAUAACAACCUAAGACAGGAGUGCCUUCAGAGGAAGACCUUGUUUGAGGAUGAGACUUUUCCGGCCACUGUGGAGUCUCUGGGCUUCAAGGAGCUGGGACACAAGUCCAACAAGGUCAAGAACAUCGUCUGGAAGAGGCCCAAGGAAAUCUGUGAGAACCCUCAGUUCAUCGUUGGAGGAGCCAGUAGGACAGACAUCUGCCAGGGAGAUCUAGGUGACUGUUGGCUGCUGGCUGCUAUCGCCUGUCUCACCCUGAAUGAGAAGCUUCUGUACCGAGUGAUUCCCCCAGAGCAAAGCUUUUCAGAGGGCUAUGCUGGAAUUUUCCACUUCCAGUUUUGGCGUUAUGGUGACUGGGUGGAUGUCAUCAUCGAUGACCGCAUCCCAACUUUCAACAACCAGCUGGUCUUCACCAAGUCCGCUGAGAGGAAUGAGUUCUGGAGCGCCCUGCUGGAGAAGGCCUAUGCCAAGCUGCAUGGUUCUUACGAGGCCCUGAAGGGUGGAAACACCACUGAGGCCAUGGAAGAUUUCACUGGUGGAGUCACUGAGUUCUAUGAGAUGAAAGAGGCUCCCAAAGAACUCUACAAGAUAAUGAAGAAAGCUCUGGAGAGAGGUUCACUCAUGGGCUGCUCCAUCGAUUCUUUGGUUCCUGCUCGCUUUGAGACUCGUACAGUGACGGGACUUGUGAAGGGUCAUGCUUACUCUGUGACAGCAGUGGACGAGUGCCGACCAUCUCAGCACAAGGACUCUAAAGUUCGUCUGGUGCGUCUCAGGAACCCGUGGGGUCAGGUGGAAUGGAAUGGUCCCUGGAGUGACAACUCCAAGGAGUGGGCCACACUUUCUAAGGCUGAAAAGGAGAAGCUUCAGCACCAAAGUGCCGAGGAUGGAGAGUUCUGGAUGUCAUUCGAGGACUUUAAAAAGAACUACACCAAGAUUGAGAUCUGUAACCUCACCCCUGAUGCCCUGGAGGAUGAUAAGAUCCACAAGUGGACGGUUUCUGUGAAUGAGGGGCGCUGGGUGAGAGGCUGCUCCGCUGGAGGCUGCAGGAACUAUCCUGACACUUUCUGGACCAACCCGCAGUACCGCCUUCGCCUGCUGGAGGAGGAUGAUGAUCCUGAGGACAAUGAGGUGGCCUGCACCUUUGUGGUAGCGCUGAUGCAGAAGAACAGAAGGAAAGAGCGGAAGAUGGGAGCCAACCUCUUCACAAUCGGAUUCGCCAUUUAUGAGGUGCCAAAGGAGAUGCAUGGAAACAAGCAGCACAUGCAGAAGGAUUUCUUUCUAUACAACUCCUCCAAGGCCCGCUGUAAGUCCUACAUCAACCUGCGCGAGGUGACCCAGCGGUUCCGCCUGAGCCCCGGCGAGUACGUCAUCGUCCCCUCCACGUAUGAGCCACAUCAGGAGGGAGAGUUCAUUCUGCGAGUCUUCUCUGAAAAGAAGAACACCUCAGAGGAGAUAGAGAACAGGAUCGAGGCUGACCAUCCAGUGCCGGCACCAGCCUCAGCGGGGGAAGAGAGCGAGGAGGACCAGCAGUUCCGGACUAUUUUUCAGGAGAUAGCCGGCGAGGACAUGGAAAUAUCAGCCAACGAACUGAGAAAUGUUCUCAACAGAGUGAUCACCAAACAUAAGGACCUGAAGACUGAGGGCUUCAGCCUGGAGAGCUGCAGGAGCAUGAUUGCUCUGAUGGACGUAUCCUUUAUGGAUGGGACAGGUAGACUCAACCUUCAGGAGUUCAGGCAUCUGUGGAAUAAGAUCAAACAGUGGCAGGGAAUUUUUAAACACUAUAACACCGACCAGUCUGGCAUCAACAGUUAUGAGAUGAGGAAUGCUGUCAAUGAUGCAGGCUUCCGUCUCAACAACCAGCUGUACGACAUCAUCACCAUGCGUUACGCAAACGAGAGCAUGAACAUCGACUUCGACAGCUUCAUCAGCUGUCUGGUCCGGCUUGAAGCCAUGUUCAGGGCGUUCCAGGCCUUUGAUAAGGACGGAGAUGGUACCAUCAGACUCAGUGUCCUGGAGUGGCUCCAGCUGACCAUGUAUGCCUAGAAAGGCCAAUCUUCUACCAGGUGAGCUCCACUCCACACAAGGACCGGACCUGCCAGCCUUUACCUCAAAACUCAGUGUGCCUGACCACCGUUAGCCUUCAUCCACCUCGCCUCAAGCUCCGCUCCUUCUGCUCCAAAAUGUAUUUUUCAUUUGAUCUUUUCCAUUUUUCUCUCUCUACAGCAGGUCUCAGGCCUUUUGCAUUUCCUUCUCUGCCUUUGUCCUCCCAUUAUCAUCAAAAUAUCAGUCUCGGUCGUAAGCGCUGUUCUGAUUUUUUUUUUUUUUUUAAAUACAUCCUUACCGUAACAUUUGUACCAUCUCAGGCAACAAACACACACAACCUCUUUUUUUCUGUCAUAAUACCUCACAGAGCCUUACCCAGCAACCCAUCUCUGUACUAUUCAUAUCUCCUGCUAAUAUCUCCUCCUUCAGCCUCCCUGUGUUUUCUUCUUCUUUUAGCAAACUGAGCAGCAAGGGCUUUCUUCCUGUAUUCAUUCCAGUGAACUGGGCUCUCUAAUGGACAGUGAAUAAAAAUUGUGAAUUACUCACUAACCUGUAAAGAUUUCUGAUGCAACUAAGAAUCUGUACAAGCAAGGCCUAACAAGGAUUGAAAAUACCACUGUUUCCUCACUGAGGUAUUUAUUUGCUGAUUUUUAUUUAUUUAUUCUUGUAAAUUAAUCCACCUGGAUUUACCAUCAGCCUGGAAUCAAUCACAUCUCACCGGCCAGUAAAAAAAAAGUGUUCUCUGGUGGACAAACUCAGGCUUCUUCUGUUCAAGUCAGCUCAAAAACUGUCACAUGUGGAUGGAUGACAAAUAAGAAGAAAACUAAGGAGCCAACGAGGUUUUUUUCCAAAUUAGAGUUUAAAGAUUAAGGCUAAUAGGCUGGACUGCAGCUUUGUUUUUUGUGAUUUUCCUCUUAAGGCUUUGGUCUAAUGAGUGUACUGCAUUUUUAACCACUUUAACCAAAAAAAUAAA